UUGUCUGUGUACCACUGUUGAUUCUGCCUUGGGAACCAGAUUCACAGUUUGUGGCCACCAUUAAAGAAGAAGUCUGCAGUGAAUUAUCCAAACAUUAGCAGGAAGAUGAUAUGGUAUUUUUUUUUUUGAGGAGGCUGCUAUAAUGGACCUGAGAUUCAAGGGAAAGGUGAAAAAUGAGAAAGUCUGGGAAUGACUGAAGUGUGGGAAGUAAACACUUCUUCACUGUAUCUUUUUACUCUAUUUUUGAUCAAAUAAAAGCAGCCUUGCUGCCAGAGAAGGAUGAUGAGGUAACAGUGCAGCUGGAGGAGGAGGAACAUAACUGAAGGGACACGGAGACAUCGAAUCUGCCACGACAUAAUUGGCGAGACAGCCAGGAAAAGGACGGGAUAGGACCACGGUGGGCGUGUUGGCACGAGACAUCACGAAACAAAGCUGCCAUACAAAUAAGGCCUGAUGGAGGAGAAUGAGGAGAGUGAAGAGGAGAAACGCCAUCAUGUUAAAACUGGAGAAAAAACUCACUUACAGGCUAAAAGUGCUUCUUUACUGAAAAGAAGAGACAAGAAAUGUUUCUCCUGUCGUCAGUGUGGAAAGAGUUUAACACGCAAACAGAAUCUGAAGAUUCACUUGAUGAUCCACACUGGAGAGAAACCGUUCACAUGUGAUCAGUGUGGGAAGAGUUUUAGACAACAAUGGUCCCUUAAGAAACACAUGAACAUCCACACUAGAGAGAAACUGCAUGAAUGUGAUCAAUGUGGCAAAACAUUUUUGUGGGCUUCAGCCCUGAAGGAUCACCUGAAAGUUCAUUCACAGGAGAAACCACAUUCAUGUUCUUUGUGUGGAAAGAGUUUUUCACUUCUGCAAAGUUUAAAAAAACAUCAGAAAAUACAUACUGGUGUAAGAAAUCAUAUGUGCUUUGAGUGUGGGAAGACGUUUAUUAGAGCUGCAGAUUUGAAACAGCACCAGAUGAUCCACACUGGAGAGAAACCUUACAAGUGUUCACACUGCGACAAGAGAUUCAGACGGUCAGGUGACCUGAAAGCACACGAGAGGAUCCACACUGGAGAGAAACCGUAUCACUGCACUGCAUGUGGGAAGAGUUUCACUCAAUCAUCUGCUCUACAGAGGCAUACAAAAAACAAUCACAACCUGAUGAAGGAGAAUGAGGAGAGUGAAGAGGAGCAGAAACAACAUCAUGUAAAAUCUAGAGAAAAAGCUCACUCACAGACUGAAAGUAUUUCUUUACUGAAAAGAAGAGAACAGAAAUGUUUCACCUGCCGUCAGUGUGGAAAGAGUUUCACACGCAAACAGAGACUCGAGGUUCACAUGAGGAUCCACACUGGAGAGAAACCGUUCACAUGUGAUCAGUGUGGGAAGAGUUUUAGACAUAAAGAAUCCCUUAAGGAACACAUGAACAUCCACACUGGAGAGAAACUGCAUGAAUGUGAUCAAUGUGGCAAAACAUUUGUGAGGGCUUCAGUCCUAAAGGAUCACCUGAAAGUUCAUUCACAGGAGAAACCACAUUCAUGUUCUUUGUGUGGAAAGAGUUUUUCACAUCUGCACAAUUUAAAAGUACAUCAGAAAAGACAUACUGGUGUAAGAAAUAAUAUGUGCUUUGAGUGUGAGAAGACUUUUAUUACAACUGGAGAUUUGAAACAGCACCAGAGGAUCCACACUGGAGAGAAACCUUACAAGUGUUCACACUGCGACAAGAGAUUCAGUCAGUCAGGAACCCUGAAAGCACACGAGAGGAUCCACACUGGAGAGAAACCGUAUCACUGCACUGCAUGUGGGAAGAGUUUCACUCAAUCAUCUGCUCUACGCACUCAUACAAAACACAACCACAGUAAGUAGAUCAUCUUCAGAUCCAGCAGUUUCAGGUCUGAUGCCACAUCCUCACCAGCCGUGACACAAUAAUACCAUCGAGCAAUAAAAUCUGUCCUAACCAGCCACUACAAUCAACAAGACAAAGAAAUUUGUCACAGUGAAUAAAGUUCAUCUUUGAAACAAACAGUUUCAACUGUGAGAUUCACAUCAACUCAAAGAUGGACAAAGUUUUAUUUUUGUAAAAUACUUUUGAUAAUUUAUUUUUUCAAGUUUCAUUUUAUGUUCAAUUUUCUUAUAAUGCAUAUGUAUCAUUUGUAGUUUGUUUUAUGAAGGAAAGUAGAAGGUUUUUACAGGUUCAAACUGUUCUUGUUCAGGAAGCUGAACAUGAAUCUGAUUUAAUUUUAACUUUAUCUUCAUUGUUGUUUUUUAAACUAGUUAUUCAUCCACUUAUAGUUUAGUUAGAAAACACAGAUGUAAGAUAUACUGUCAUGUAACUUUUCAACUGUCCUUCACUUUUAUUCUCUUGAGAUGUUUUGCUAUCCUGUUACUCAAUAAAGAGAGAGAUCUGACUCA